AUGAAAAGUAAAUCUCCCCUUAAUUAUUAUUACUGGCAAGAGUUAAAACGACAGAAAAACGCUCUUAACCUAAUUGCUAGUGAAAAUUAUCCGUCCCCAGAAGUUUUGUUUUAUAGUGGCUCCUUAUUAAUGAGUAAAUAUGCGGAAGGCUAUCCUAAAAAUCGUUAUUAUCAAGGUUGUAAAUAUAUUGACCGAAUAGAAAAUUUGGCUAUUGAUUUAGCAAAAAAAUUAUUUGGAGCCGAACAUGCUAACGUUCAGCCCCAUUCGGGAGCCCAAGCUAAUCAAGCAGUUUAUUUAGCACUAUUAAAACCCAGAGACAAGAUUUUAAGUUUGAAUCUUUUGUCUGGCGGACAUUUGACGCAUGGAACGCCAGUUAAUUUUUCCGGAAUUUUCUAUCAAGUUCAUUAUUAUAAUUUAGGCCCCAACACCCAAAAAUUAGAUUACGAGACCGUUAGAAAAAUAGCCCAGGAAGCGCGUCCGCAGUUAAUAAUUGCUGGCUAUAGUAGUUAUAGUUUACAAAUAGAUUUUGCCAAAUUUCGGCAAAUUGCUGACGAGGUGGAGGCCUAUUUAUUGGCUGAUAUCUCUCAUGUGGCUGGAUUAGUGGCUGUUGGUUUAUUUCCCAAUCCAGUUCCUUAUGCGGAUGUAAUUACUUUUACCACUCACAAGACCUUGCGGGGACCGCGCGGAGCCGUAAUUUUGGCCAAAAAAACAUUGGGACCAAAAAUAGACAAGGCGGUUUUUCCGGGCAAUCAAGGUGGACCUAAUCCGGCCAUUAUUGCCGCCAAAGCCCAGUGUUUUUUUGAGGCUUUACAACCAGAAUUCAAAGAAUAUCAAAAAAAAGUGCUACAAAAUGCGAAAGUUAUGGCUGAUUAUUUUUGCCAAAAAGGGGUGAGGGUGAUUAGUGGAGGCACCGAGACUCACUUGCUAGUUAUUGACACUAAAAAAAGUUAUAAUUUGACCGGUCGGGAAGCCGCUUCUGCAUUAGAAAAAGUGGGACUUAUUGCCAAUAAACAAAUGAUACCUUACGAUAGUGAAAAACCCUGA